UGUAACUGAGGGACUAGUCAUCAUGCCAUCCAUUAAUAAACAGGGCAGACAAAUCUACCUCAGUGCAGCUCCAGAAUCAGCAAAGCAUCUGAAGGUCCACCUUGAGAUUUUCCCAAUAAAUGAAGAUGAACGAGAUGUUCCUCACCCUUUUAAUGGUCUUCUGCUUUGCAAUGGGAAUGGCCAAUCGUGUGUACGUCCACCCCUUUAACCUCUUUAGCACAGAAAACAUUAGCUGUGAGGUUAUCCAGAAUGAGGACCACAAGCGCUUGGAAACUGUCCAUCCACUGACUCCUCUUCAAGACAGCAUUGAACCAGACCCACGACCUGAUAGCACCAUAGAGAACCUGAGAAACCUCACCCAACGGACUGCUGUACUAGCAGAACUGCAAAACUCCCUUGGAAUACGCAUGUACCAGGCACUAAGUCGUACACAGAAGCAUGCUAACACACUACUAUCACCGUUAAAUGCCUUUGGUGCGUUGGUGACACUCUACCUGGGAGCAUCCAAAAAGACUGCCAUUUCCUACCAACAGUUGUUAGGACUCAGCUUGGAGUCUGAAAAGCCAGACUGUGCAUACUUUAUGGAUGGACACACAGUGUUGCGUACACUCCAGGCCAUCAGUUCACAUGUAGAUGAAUCGCGAAAUGAGUUCAGAACCCUUGUGUGGACAUUCAUUAACAGCGAUGCUGACCUUUCCAAAGACUUUCUAAGAGGAACACAAGACUUCUCAGAUGAUUCUUUUGUCCGUUCAGUGGACUUCUCACAACACAAGGAAGCUGAGGUCCAGGUGAACAGCUUCAUUCAGAAAACAUCAGACAGCAAGGUUAAGAACCUGUUUAAGGGUGUCACUUCGAAGACUAACCUGCUGUUUGCUAGUUCAGUGCAUUUCAAAGGUAACUGGAAAACUGUGUUCCAGCCUGAAGCAAGCACUGAGCAUGAGUUUUGGAUUGAUGAGAAAUCCAGUAUCAAAGUACCCUUUAUGAUGCAUACUGGUGACUAUUUGUACUUCAAUGAUGCUGGCAGGAAGUGCUCCAUAGUCAAACUUGGCCUUAGUAAGAGGACCUAUAUGCUGCUAGUGCUGCCUCAUGAAGGAGCGAGCCUACAGGACUUUGAGAAGCAACAUUUAACACAAGUCAUUUCAACAUGGCAUAAACAUCUAAAAGAGAAAUAUCUGGAACUAUCUUUGCCAAAAUUUUCGCUGACUGCAGUGACAGACCUGAGAUCAGUGCUAUCUGAAAUGGCAGUGGAGAAAUACCUUAUGGGCUCUGAUGCCAACUUCAAGAGACUCAGCAACAAGGAGAACUUCACUGUUGAUAAGGUAUUCAACAAGGUUGUGCUUGAGAUGACAGAGGGAGGAUCUGGGGUUCAGAACAGAACUCAGGAUGGAAGGGUUCCUCACAAAGUCACGGUCAACAGGCCAUUCUUCUUUGCAAUUGUGGAAGGAAACUCCAAUGCCAUUCUCAUGCUCGGAAAAAUCAUCAAUCCAUCAACCUAAAACACAUUGUUGAUUGUCUUAAAAUUAUAUAACACAAACAAUGUUUUAAUGCUCCCGUAUGAGUGUUAUAUUAAAAUUAUGGAUAGCAUCAAGUCACCUUUAAAUACAUGAGCGUUUUACCAAACAUUAUUACGUAAGUUUUUAGCAACCUGGCACUUAUAUCUACCAAAAAAGGAUUAACAAACUGUAUUUACUUCCAUGUUGGUUCUUCAUGAAAUUGCAGUGUUAAAUGUAAAUCAACUCAAUCACUGAAAAAACAGCAUCACCUUGAGUAAGAAAUUGCAUGUAUAAUAUGUGUAUGUGCAUAUGGGAUACUGAAAAUUCACCGCCAUUGGGCAGGUGACAUUAUAUAGUAGUAAUUUGUAUGAAUAUGGCACUCAUUUGUCUUGUAAUGUUUUAAUUGAUCAUGGUAUAAAUAAUGGAGGGGUUGUA